GUAAGGGUUUGGCGCGACGGUUUUGGAACCAUGCAAAGAAAGAGCUUAAUGACCACUCCAGCAGUGUUCUACGAUUCAUAACUGACAACCAUGGAGACGAAAGAUCAUCCCGUAGAUGAUCUUUAUGGUGAUCUUGGUCAGGGGCUUUAUGAUUCAGCACUGUGUCAUGAUGAAGACUCUGUGGAUAUUUACUCAGGGCUGGAGGACAGUCCUUGGGCCAGUAGAGGCACUGGGAAAGAAGGCUUUUCCAUCUCACCACACAGGCUGAAAGAGUCCAUGGAUUUGUAUGAACAGCUUAUCACAGAAGAGCAAGAGGAAAAAGAAUCGACAUACAAUGAGUUGAAAAACAAAUUUGAUGCUGCACAAAACCAGGUGCAGGAAUUGUUUGCAAAGUUGGAACAGGUGCAAAAACAGAACUCGAGCUUAUACAAGGAGAACACCCUACUGAAGAAAAACUUCAGUGCGCUUAUCAAGACUGCUAGGAUGGAGAUUGUUAGGAAAGAUGAAGAGAUAAGCCAACUAAACAACAGACGUAGUUGGGGUGGUUGCCAUCAGUAUCGUGUGGAGAAGAGCCAGGUAUUCGCUAGACACAGUCUGAACUGCAAUUCAGGUCUGAUAAAGGAGUCCCAUGAUCAUAAAGAAAACAGGGUAUUACCAGAGGCAUCACAACACAAGGGUGAAAGCAGACUCUCUGGUCCACCGGUGUACUCAGGAACAUCAACAAAUGCUGCACCCACACCUUUCUCGGUGCUUCCAAGAUGCACCAGAAGUGAUCCUGACAGUUCUUUGCAUUCUCAAAGUAAAAACUCAGAGGGAGUGGAUUCACUAUACCUUCAACACUUGCAAAAUCACAAACAUGUCCAGUCUGACCGAAUAUCUGUUAACAAAGAAAGAGAAAGCACAUACUCUGAAGCGGUGGUCCUAAAAUCUUAUAAUGGUAUUACUGCUAACCAGAAAGUUCAUGAAGAAACAUCAGGGAGACAGCUAGAUGGCAAGGUGGGAGGUAAGCAGAUUGAAUUGUCCCAGGACCUGGAGGGUUUUUCAAAACAAAAGGACAUGUCUGGAAAAGCACAGAGCAAAGUGGACAAAAACCAGUUACAGAAAGAGCAGAGGGAGCCUUCAAAAAUGAACUGUGCAUCUAGUCAAGGCCAACGUCAGCAAAAUGAGGGUCCUCUAGUACUUAGAAGGUCUGGGCGUUCUAAGAGUCCUUCCUCUCAACCCCAGCCUGUCUCCACACCUAAAGUCCAUUCGCAAACCUCCAGGGCACCUUCUAGAGAGAGCAUGGAUGCACAGGCACAGGGUCGGAAUGUAGGACUCCCAGAUAAUCAAAGAGAAAACAGACACAGCAGAGACCCAGAGGGUUCUGGUGAUAGAAGAGGAGCCCGUGGUUCUGUAAGUGAAAUAAGCUGUGGUAGUAAGUCAGGGCUCUUCCUGGAUCGGAAUGUGGAGAAGCGAGGGACCCGGGAACAUCACAGGAAAGAGGAGAGAAGGCCAGAGGAUGUCAACAGCUCAGAAAGGAGGCGCACCAGGAGUGACAGGAGCAGAGAGCAUAAGAAAACGAGACAAAGUGAAGGGAGAAAUAGGCAGGAAGGGAGCAGCAGCAGAGGAGACAGGAGGAACACCAGGUCAGAGUCUAGCAAAGAACACGAGCAAAGGAGUACAAAAGGUGACGUCAGUGGGGCAGUUGAUAAACUUGGUGAUAAACGUGACAAGGAUAGGAGGAACAGAAGCCACGCGGAUGUUCGGGAAAGCAGACGGGAUGCUCCCAUUAAAUAUGGUGUUCACUGUAAUGAUCCCACUCAGAGAAAAAAAGAUCACGAGCAGGGUAUAGAUAAAAGGAAAGCUUAUGGAAGAACGGAGGAGCAGUCAGCCCGGAGCAUAGCAUCACGUGAUCAUUCUAGGAAUGGUAAAAGCUCUUUGUCCCUUGUCAGUCAUGCAAGCUCUUGUAGCAGUGGGGCCAAAGAGAAAUGUGUGGCUGUCAGUUAUGACAAAGACAGAACGUGGACUGAUAAAGGAAAAGAAAUCACUUCCUUAGACACAAAAUCAAAGGGCAGUUUUCCACCUGAGGAGAACACAAGGUCUGCCUCUCCUGAGAAAUGCAGAAUAGGUGAACAUACCAUUGAGAGUGUUCAGGCAGAAUGUGUUGCAACUGUGCAGUCCCCUCUGACAUUAAAUAGUAGCUGUGACAUUCCUGCCAUGGCAGAGGAAAGCAGUCCAAAGAGAAAACUAACUUUCAUGGAGACUCUAAACCUUACUCUCUCGCCAGUUAAGAAGCAAAGCCAGCCUGCCUUGGCUAACGAGCCAUUCGGGCCCACCCCCGGGGAUGCCCCUGAGGGCAGUUCAUUGGAGGACAAUGUUUCGUUUGCGCUUGGAGAAGAAUUCUGUGUGCUAGAUGAAAUAGAAAACAGCCAGCUGUCAGUAGAGGCUAUGGAUGAGGCCCCAGCAACUACAUUAGAUGUUGCUACACCAUAUGCUGCUACACAACUUGCCACAAGCACUUUGGACAAUCAGCCUAUGAAGAGUCAGGAUGUAACUCCUAGUUCUACUGAGCCUUCGCCAGGCCUACUGAUAGAAAACAAGCUGGAUUUUACCCCAAGAUUUAAUGGCGAUAUGAACGAAAGUCUUAUAAGUCCCUUAAAAGAAAUCGCUGUAGAUUCAGAGAGACAAGAACAGGAAUCCAUUACAAAAGCAGAUGAUUCAUUGGAACCUGCUACUAGCAUUUCUCAGAACUGUGCAGAGAAUCCUCAGUGUGCGUUAAACUUUAUUGCAGCUGCUGAAGUUCAUUUCUCUGCCGAGGAAUCUGAAGCCGUUGUUGCUCCCUCUCCACCAUUACCAGAAGCUACAUGCAAGGAACUAGAAUUGCAGACUUCAACAAAUAUGCUUGAGGAGGACCGUUCUGAAAAUUCUGUUGAACAUAGUCGAGUAGGUAUUCAACCCGAGCCCGGAGUCACACUAUCGAAGCAAAGUAAUAAAUGUCAGGAGGAAGUGUCCACCUCGGCGGACACUCAAGCUAUCACCAAGACCUGCUGUGAUUCUGACACCUCUGUUUCUCUUGAAGUUGUUUCCAGCACUGUUAGUGUAGACAUUAAGCCUCAAAACCAAGACAGUUGUGCUGACUCCCAAACAGCCAUUUCUGUCAUGGAGAGCACAGGAAACCUUGAAAAACCUGUUAUAUGUCUAAGGUCAUUAGAAGGGCCAUGGGCUGAAGUAGUCAGCAUCAGCAGCACUUCCACAGAGGAGGUAACACGCCUGGAACAGACAACCUCCUUCGAGCCUGAUUCCACGGAGAAUGAGGGCCAGAACUCCAAGUUGUCCAGUUCUACAGUAGUGCUCCAUGAUGAAGAUUCCAUGAUGCUUGUCCUGAGUAACAUUAAGGUAAUUCCUGAAGCCAUCAGCCCCCUGACUAGUCCGGUCCGCCAGACGAAGAAAGUCCAGGAGCAGGAUUUGGGAAAGGAGCAGCAUGUCAGAAGUCUUAGCAAAGAUUUAUCUGCAUCAGCCGUUGUAUCAGAGAAAGAUGCGUGGAAGAUGGAUAUGAACAAAGAGAAUAAGCGACCUGGUUCCUCAGCCACACCUAAUGUGCCAAAAGACCAACAGGAGCCUCUGUCAUUUACUGCUACUGAGCAGGAGCUGGAAGAGGGGGAGAUAGUCAGUGAUGAGGAUGAGGAGGAUGCUCUGGUCAUUCAGAGUCCUCAGAAUGAAAAAACAAAAUGGGAACUGAGAACUCAUUCCAGUCCCAGAUCUCCAGGGCUAGAAAAAAAAACAUCUCAAAUGAGACCCACUGUCACUCCCAAACGCCAUGAGGAAGGCAGUGCUCCUUCUUCUAAAGACAGUCCCACUUUCAACAAGCGGAGAUUCAAAACAGUAAGUGCCCCCUCCAAAGCCAACGUCACAACCUCCAUAGAUUUUAUGAACACGUUGUCAUUCAUUCGCUCUGAGCUGAGGAGAAAGUACAUGAAACUUCACAAAAAUGUCACAAAGACAGCCUUUUGCUGCAUAAUUGAUAUGUCUUUAGCCUCUUUCACAGAAUUUGUUGAUGGUAUAAACUUUCAACGAUUUUGCUCUCAAGGUAAUGUCAUCAAACCUAGGCUCAAUAAGAUAAUCACUUCUGUUAUGAGCAAGGUCUCUAGCAAUGGCAUAGUGAACCGUAUCUUUGACCAACGUGCAGAUGAUCUCAAACAAAAGCUGUGGAAUUUUGUAGAUGGCCAGUUUGAUUUCCUUUUUAAAGAAUUAAAGGCAGCCCUUAAAAAUGUAUCUGAUCUUUCCAAGAAUAAACCUUCAGAAAAUAAACAUUCAAAUCCCAGAGAGAGAGAGAAUUUGAACGUUGAUGUUCAUAAGACACAAACUAAAGAUCCCUUGACUGUUACUCAGCACAAACGAAUGAUAAAGGCUAAAGCUGAGCAGGUUGGUGCAGAUCAACAGCAAAAGGCCACUAAUCCGCCACGUAGCAUUCCAAUUAGAGCCAGAGGACUUGGAAGCAGUGGCAAAAACAUAAAAGCAACCAUGGAGGAAGUGCCUCAAGUGCCAGCUGAACAGACAUCAGAGCAGCUACCUGCUGGUUCCUCUAGUGAGAAAUGUCUCCCAGAAAGCAUCCCUGUGCCAGAGAACAUGGCAUCCACCUACGCUCGCCGCCUCUCACACAGCGGAUCAAUGCAUGACAGGUCCGACUUUGAAAUUCUCACAGAGCAGCAGACGUCAAGUUUAACCUUUAACUUAGUCACCGAUUCCCAAAUGGGAGAUAUUUUCAGAUGUCUCUUGCAAGGAUCUGAUCUGCUGGAGGCUGGUGUUGGAGAUCAUCAAAGCUGGCCACUCAACACCCCGAAAAAGGAAGGUUCUGCUGGAGAGAGUCUCAUUGGGGUAGUGACACCCAGCAAGAUUAUAUCACCAUCAAAACUCAUCACAUGGACCUCUAUUUCACCUUAUAAGUUCACCUCCCCAAACAGCAAAAUCCAACUGCCUUUAAAUCCAGCACUCCUUGACGAAAACUGCUUGUUAGAAGUCCCUUCCAACCCACUUCCAAACCAUCCUUCUCCUGCUCUUACCAUGGGGAAUUCCCAGCAACCUUUCUCUAUUUUGACUGAAGAUCUGGCAGUAUCUCUUACUAUUCCCUCCCCGCUGAAGUCAGAUGGCCAUUUGAGCUUUUUGCACCCAGCGUGCGGGCAACCACUGUCUGUUCCAAGCAACGUUAUCACUGCCCAUUACGGCGAGGAUGCACUUCUCGACGGAGAAGACGCAACUGAGCAGGAUAUUCAUCUGUCUCUCGAAACGGACAAUUCCAGCUGCAGCUCCAGCACUGGUGAAACCUGGGACGGCACAGAUCCGGUGGCAUUCCAGUUCAAACCAAACUUGCCCAUGCAAGCCGAGAUAAUGGAGAGGUCCAACGAUCACUUCAUUGUGCGGAUUAGACACACGUCUCCUGGUGCACACGAAGAAUACGCACAUGUGCAGAAAGAAACACCAGCAGCAGCACAAACAGCCCUUCAUGAGGAUGCCUGCGCAUCAGUAGGCAAACCUUCAUCAUUAGAUGUUCAUCCACGGCUUGCCUCAAAUGAAAGGACUGAAGUUCAAACAUCAGACAAGGACGCUGCUUCCAGUGAAGAAAGCAGUCCUGCUAGCUUGCCCAAAACCACCAAGAAUCCAGCUGAGCUGAAAGCCACCGAUGUUGCCAGUGCCUCAUGCCCUUCUGCUGUGGCUGAAAAGAGAAAUGGUGUAUCUGAGGCCAAGACUACAUACGAGAGGACAUCUAGGAAGCGUAGGAAGUGUUAUUCGGGGCCAAAGGAAAAACGCUUAAGAAGAGAGAAAUCCCAAGACGGGCAUCAAAAACAAAAGCUCAAGAAGAGGUCAAAAUCUCCCAAACAUAGAGGUGAAAGGACUCCUUCAAAGAAGGCAGAAAAGACUGGAUCUCCUCAGCUGUCCCCCAGCAGUCUCUCUGCCAGGAAUGUUGUCAGGAAAAAAGGGGAAGUGGUGGUGACCUGGACCAGGGAGGAGGAUCGGGAUAUUCUCCUUGAGCUCAAGAUGAAAGGAGCUACUCUGAAGACCUUCACCACCCUUUCAGCCAAAUUAAGAAAGUCACCAGCACAGGUUGAAGACCGAUUCACACAACUCAUGAAACUGUUUAAGAAGAAAGAGAAAAUGGAGUGCUGAGCUAAGGAGGCUGUAGAGAAGGUUGGUCGGAGUUACAAGAGGACAGAUCCUGUGAAAGACUGUAUAAACCAGUCUGGGGUUCUCGACAAGGAAUUUUGCCAAUGUGCGAGGAUCAAAAAUAAGUGUUUGUGAAGUGUUGCUUUGAGUAGAGAAGCUUUAACACUGGUUACCUGGUGUGAUGUGCUGACCUAAACUGAGCUGGGUUCAUGAUUUCCUGUGUGUGCUAGAGUCAAUUUGCCUUCUAAAAUCUACCUCUGAGAGUGUCGGAAGAACAUGAAUGACUGACUACCCUGACCGGUGAAAACAAAUGUGGUCUGUGUGUACCAACAGACCAGGAUCAUCUAGACAUCCUCAUUUCUUGAGAAAAGAGAUAAGCGUUGGGUAGCAAUGUCCAGGUUUCAUGUUUGAGUUUCAUAUCCUGUUUAUGAGUAAGCAGCAGAAGUUCCACAUUUGACUGCUGUGUGUAGUGUAUUUGUUUAUAGAAUCACCAUCUCCUUUGUUCAGUGGUUAAUAAUCAGUCAAUUCUCUCACUACUCAAGCACUGCAGAUGUCACGCAAACAUCCUGCUAUGGCCUGUGCAGACAACUGAAUUAAGCUUCUCUCUUACAUUCUCAUUAUCAUAAAAUUAAUAUUUUCGUGAAUAUAAAAUUAUUACCAUAUCUUCAGGCUUAUAGAUGUCGAACUGUAUGGAUGACUUGUUCGAAGGUUUAUAUUUCUUAACAAAUGUGUGAACUGCAUUUUGCCCUGAAAAGCAGAGGUUGGGAAGUGUCCUCUCAAAUUCACUGUUUGGAACAAAUAUGCUGUAAAUAGUGUAAAUGCUGGCAAGUUUUUCACUUUCUAGAAUAAAGCUAAUUUAUUUUGUGUGUUC